AUGUCUGACUCUCAAGAGCCACAUAUCAUCCUAUACACCACUCAGACCCCGAAUGGGAACAAGGCCUCUAUUCUUCUGGAGGAGCUCAAUAUUCCAUAUCGAGUGUACAAACACAACUUCAGCGCUCGAACCCACAAAGAGCCAUGGUACCUGGAUAUUAAUCCCAAUGGUAAGAUUCCGGCCAUCACCGACGUGUUCUGCGAUGGCAGGGAGAUACAUAUCUGGGAGUCGGGCAAUGUCCUGAAGUACCUAGUCGAGCAGUACGACCCCGACUUCAAGCUGUGGUAUCCCCACGGAUCUCGCGAGAAUUACGAACUCUUCAGUUGGCUCUUCUUCCAGGUCAGUGGCAUUGGCCCUUUCCAGGGUCAGGCCACACACUUCCUGCGGCAUGUGCCGGAAAGAAUCCCAUAUGCACUCGACAGAUACCACAACGAGUCUCGACGGUUAUAUGCAGUGCUUGAGAAACAGCUCUCGAAGAAAUCCAAGGGUUAUAUUGUGGGGGAUAAGUUCACCAUUGUGGAUAUUGCGUUCUGGAGUCUCGCGGCGACGGCUCCAUGGGCUGGUCUUGACUUGCGCGAGUUUCCUGCAGUGCACGAGUGGUACGAAAGACUCCUGGAGAGACCGAGUAUAAAGAAAGGCAUGAAUGUACCAGAGCCACACGGAGUCGUUGCUCUCGCCGCUGACAAGAGUGGAGAAUUGACGAAGAAGUAUGAAGACUUCCAUCGGAAGUGGGUUAUGGAGGGAAUGAAGAACGACGCACACGCACUGGAGCAGCAGCGAAGGGGACAGUCUAGCUAG